AUGGAUCAACACAUAAACAAUAAUAGCUUUGAAACUGCUAACAGCACUUUCUCAGUUUGGAAUCUGCGUCAACAGGUUAUGAGCCCUGAAGCAGUGAAUGAUACUGUCAUACCCAUUAAGCUAUUAGGGGUUAAUAACUUCAACAGUUGGUUACAGGAUUUGACAGAUCAUGUUAGUGAAAUCAACCCAAUCUGGGGAGACUAUGUUGAAACUGGAAAUAUUCAUUCGAUUACCCAAGAAUUUAAUUUGACCACAGAUACGGUUAAUAGUAUCAUUUCAACUUUGGAUAAAGCCUUGAGAAGAUUAAUUGUUAAGAGUAUCAGCCCUGAAGUUAAAAUAAAGGUCGAUGAGUAUUAUCAAAAUAAAUUUAGAACUCGCAAUUCAUUAGAACUUCUGAGCUAUUUGGAAGACCUCUACGGUAAGAAAUGUGUUCAACAUAUUGCACCAGUUUAUUUUGAAAUGAAUUCUAUUCACUCGAAGUCCUUGGAAGAGAAAACUAUUUGGACCAGAAAACUCGUCAAAUCUAUGUUCGAUCUAGACCAGUUGGAUGACGAAAUUCCAGAUCCUACAAUGAAAAAUACUGUUACUGAAUACGUUAGAAAGCUGCAAGAUUCUGCUGCUGCCAUGGUGUUGAUGGGUAUCACUCCAGACAUGAAAGAAAGGUUCUUUGAUUUAUUUGGUCAGCAGGAUACUGUUACUUUCAAGGAGGUAUAUAGUAUGAUUAAAAAUAGCAGGUCUUCUGCGUCUGAUGUAACUGCUACUCCUCUUGUUGCCAAGAAGAAGUGGUAUGGUAAUAAGCAAAAACAUCUAUGCAAGACCGGUCAUUAUAAUGUUACAGACUCUAUCUCAAACGCCCAAGUUGCAAGCGUUUGGAUGGCUACUGAAUUUCAAGGUUUGUGUUAUAAUUCAAGCACUUUAUCUUCUCCCUCUUUAACUUCCGAAGAUAAAUCUAUUUGGGUUCUAGACACAGGAUCUAGCACUCACAUUUCAUGUAAUAGAGAAUCGUUCUCUAACUUUAGACCAUCCACAAAUAACGGUACUAUUAGCGGUGUAGGAGUUGCUGUUAAAAUCAGAGGUUACGGUGAUGUUAUGGUUGGCGAAUUAACUCUUUGUGAUGUUGCAUAUGUUCCUGACUUACCGAUUAACUUAAUCUCCAUUCGUCAAGCUUCUAAGAAGUCAGGUUGCUCUUUUUCCUUUGAUGAAACUGGUGCUUAUGUAUUAUCUGCUAACAACAAAUUGACCAAGAUUGGAAGUCUGUACAAGAAACUGUAUGUUCUCGAUCAAUCCUUAUCCAAGAUUGAAGAAACGCAAAUGUCAUUUGUUGCCAUUAGUGAUCCCUUACUUACUUCUGAUGUGAAGCCUGUUUCAACUGCUAUUCGCUGGCAUGCCCGUUUUGGUCAUCCAGGUUUGGACAGGUACAAUACAGUUGCUAGACAAUUCUCACUUCCAAGGAUUGUUCCCGAACAAGUUUCUGUGUGUCCUACUUGUGCUCUUGCUAAGGGUGUGAUGCGUAAGGGUAAGCCAUCUGAUACUAAACUCACCUGUCCUUUACAAUUGGUUCAGGUUGGUUUAUGUGGUGGUUUUCGCUAUAAGGAAUUUAAGGAUAACAAAUACUUCAUGACUAUUCGCGAUGCCUUUACUAGAUAUUAUGUCGUGAUUCACUUGAAAGAUAAGAAGGAUGCUCCAGUUCAAUUAAUUAAUUGGAUUAAGAAAACUGAAAAGUAUUUUGCUUCUAGAGGUGGUUAUAGAGUUGGUUCUUUAUGUACUAAUAAUGGUGGUGAAUUUAGAAAUAAACUAUUGCAUGACUUUUUCAUUGAGCAAGGUAUCACUCAUGAGCUUACUAUUCCGUACGAUAGUUUUCAAAAUGGUGGCAUAGAGCGUGGUCAUCGUACUAUCGAGGAAACGACAAGAUGUCUGCUUAUCUCAGGUCGUGUUCCCCCAUCUCUAUGGAGUGAAGCUGUGUCAUGCGCAGUUUACCUCAUUAAUCGAAUCCCUGUCACAUCUAGACAGAAUAAGAUUCCUGUUGCUGAGUGGUAUCAAAUGAAAUUACCACUAGAUGGUUUUAGCCAUUUGCGUACUUUUGGAUGUGCGGCUUUUGCAACUAUUCCACACCAACUAGGUGACGGUAAAUUUUCUCCAGCUACCAUUAAUGGUGUAAUGGUUGGCUAUGACUCAGAACAGAAGGGCUAUAGAAUAUUCCAUCCUGAAUCUGGUAACGUGUUUGUUAGUAAUCAGGUUACUUUUGAUGAAUCUAGUUUUCCACUUGAGGGUCUCGAUGUAAAUGUAGAUGCUCACAAGAUUGCUACCGGUACAUUGAAUGGUUCUCCGUCCUCCUCUAGUUCUGCAUCUACAUUUACUGGGGGUACUCUAUCAUCUGUUUUUUUGACUGAUUUCUCACAUUCACAUCCUCCGUCUUCACCAAAUAAAGGUACAUCGAAGGGAUACAUUUGA